AUGCGAGCUCAACCCAGUUCACCAUGUCUGGUACAAGUACAUACAAAUCUACCUCCGGGGAUCGAUGCUCCCACUACAGCUUAUUUACAUUUAAGUAUCAGCAUGUUCCGUGCUUGUCAGACCGGCAAACGACGGGUCGGCUCUUGUAGAAAGCCCCCAGAUGAGCUCUCGGUUCGUGUUCGAUGGUGGGGUGAGCCAACCACUGGUGAAUGCGCCGUAUUCAAUCCGAGACUAGCACACAAAGUGGGACAUAAACAACUCACAGCCACAAGGGCCAGAUACCGAAUAACUGUGCCAUUGGAGAGGUUCACUGCGUAUUUGAAAGACAUGCGUGCGCUAUACUUCGAUGUACUGGACGAUGCAUUUGCCAGAGCGAUUGGACGGGCUAGAUUGGAUCGAAUCGAUCGGUUAACUGCAAAUCAUCCUUUGGACACUCUUCUUACGGUGAUCAACGAUGUCGGAGAAAAAAUUGGGGAUCUCACGGUAGCCCUUUCAAUAGAGCCAGUGGCAGUUUUCUCAAUUUUUUCAUUCGACGGUCGUGCUGCGGUCGGUCUAGCAUCAGCCCGGGCAAACAAAGAAAAUCUGGGGGAUGAGAACGCACCGGAUUCCCGCAUCGCCGAAUCGGCCGCAAAUGCAGUUCGCGGCGAUUCUCCAAACAAACCGAAUGGAACAACAGACAGAUUACCCUUGGUCAACUCACGCGAAGAAUGUGGUGCCGCGGUGUCGAAGGUGAGUGCAUUCGGAUUAUGA